AUGAACAGUGGCAUCCACGAAAGACACGGCCGCGAUUAUCUCGAAGCGGCGUUCGAGUGUUUUCCGGAUCUUGAUUACUGCGUUAUGCUGCAACCUUCGACCCAGCCCUCGGAAUUACGCCUCGAUGAAUUGUACCGGAAUUACGACGUGGAGAGUUUCGUAUCGAUGAAAAAUACUCUGAGAGACGAUCAUGCACAACUGCUUCACUUCAUCACGAUUCCAGUCUUUUCUGUUCACGACAAAAUAUUCUUUUGCGAAUUGAUGCGCCUGAGCUUCACUACGGUUCUAUAUUAUCGACUUUACGACUGCGAGACAACCGUCGCCAAUCGAACUCAGCCCCUCAUAACGUGUCUCGACGCGAUGAUUCCCGUUCGAUCUCGAACGCGUUUUCACCACCCUUACGUCCAAGUCGGAAAGGAGUCGAGUGAAGCUGAACCCUUUUCACUUUUUCUCAUGACUCCGAGGUUCGCCGUUACGACGAAGCCGGUUGUCAACUCGAAAAUCGUCGUCGUCGGGGCUUCGGACUGCGGCGUCGCUUUUUCCGAAUUUCUCGCAUUUCAAGACUCGGACUUGGUUCAUUUCACGAACUUGACCAUCGUCUCGCCGAACGGUACACCGUUCGAGAGCAGCGAAACGAGCGAGCACGCGACUAUGAUCCCCUACAAAGGCAAAUAUUGUUAUCAGUACAGAAAAUUCGUUUCCAGCAGAGUUUGGAUGAACGUAGUUCACGGAAUCGUAUCGCAAAUUAACAGAAAAGAAAAAUACGUCGUUGUUUCCGGGCUUGGAACGUUGAACUACGAUUAUCUUGUUCUUACCUGUGGCUUGCAAUAUCAAGUCCCAAAUUUUCAAGAAAAUAGAGAAAACGAUGAAAACAGUGUCCAAGAAACUGCUCCCUUGAAUUGUUUCUGCAUAAACGACGACGUGGAGGGUGCGACGUGUCUGGAGCGAUUGAAGGAACUGACCAACGAUUUUGCGACGCGGAAGUUCAUCGUGAUAUACGGAAGGAACAUCGAGUGUCUGUGCACUUUGAACAAUCUUUUGGAAAACGGGGUUAAGGGCUCGUGGAUAAUAAUGAUCGAGCCGAAAUACAGCGAGUGUGGUAAACCGAGUGACAUUUUCUUCGAGGACGACGAGGUCGCUGAGGCAGUGAAAAAGUCCAUGAAGAAGGCAGGAGUCAAAAUAAUAUCUGGGUGGGACUUGACAGAUUGGAUUAUCGAGGUCAGCGAGAGCGUUAUAGAAAAUGAGAUGACUCGAACGAGUGUAAUAAAAAGUUUGCGAAUAGAGUCGAAGACUGAGAACAAAUUGGUGACUUGCGACGCCUUGAUUUACUUCGGUGACAAAAAGUUGCCUCGAAAAACUUUCAUGGCUAUCUCGAGGGCAGGCCUCGUGUUCGAUGGUCGUUUGGUCAUUGAUCCGGACUGCAGCACGAACGAUCCUUCGGUCUUCGCCGCGGGCGCUGUUACCAAAUACUCGAGAAAAUAUAACGCCGAACGUUGGCAACAUCAGUACUACAGCAGUGUCGAAGUCGGGGAGAGGUUGGCGCAGAUACUGAAGGAAAAAACUCAAUACGAUGGGUCAGACGAAGGGAAUAAAAAUGCGGAUUGCUCCGAAUCGAAUUUUCAGAAGCACACGAAUCUCCCCGAAUUUCGUGCCCCCAUUAUCGUCUAUUGCAGACUUCCGGGGGGUUUGAAAUAUCUUCACGUGCGCAAACCGGGGAAGAAGAUUGCACGAGUCAUCGAAAUUGCCCGUGGCACUUACGGCGAAGUCCUGAUAACUGGGAAUCCUUCGAUGAUUUCAGACAUCGGAUACUUCCGCAUUCGAUUCAAUCAAUUUAACAGAGUCGAAACCAUAACUUGUCUUCAUAAAAUGGAUUUCCCAUUCCAAGACUUCAUAACUCUGUACGGGAAGCACGAUAGCAUGCUCAACAAUGUGAAGCUUCGUUUUCGGUACUCGUUGAUCAUCGACUUUUUCGCGUACUUCGCUGAGCCCUGGGCAGCAGCACUCUUUCACGAUAGAUUCGAUGCCUUGAGACUCGAAAACCGCGCCAUACUCUUGUCGGAAGCCGGCAUGCAAAGCAGUUCUUUGAUCGAAGACAUCAUGAACGUAUGCAUGAAAUCAAAUUGGAAAGAGCUGAGCGAAGAAAACUCUCAAGAUAUCGAGUCAAAAUACGCGGGUUCAAUUUACCAGGAGGCGAUAUCGAGCAACGUGAUGAAUUUUCUACAAGAAGCGGAAGAAGUUUUGCCGAUGUAUUGCAAUCCAUGUAAACUGAGACGUCAAUUACAAGACGAUUGA